AUGGGGGGUCUGCCCAAGGAGGGGGCCCCGGCGGUGGAUGUCUCCGUGGAGGGGACCCUGGUCUGGCUGCGCCGCCCCAACGGCUCCUGGUGGCCCAGCAUCGUCAUCUCGCCGCAAGACGUCCCCGAAGGCUGCCCCCCGCCGCCGCGCUGCCCCGCCACACCCAUCAUGCUCCUCGGCCGCCGCCCCGACGGACCAACCUAUGUCGACUGGUGUAACCUCGACAGGUGCAAGCGCGUCAAGCCCUUCCGCUGCGGGGAGCUCGACUUCGAGCAGCGCAUCACCAACGCCCUCACCCUUGCCGCCACCGGCAACAGGUCCACCUGGAGCUACAACAAGGGCAGGUACGCCCGCAUGGAGGACGCCAUUCUCCAGGCCCUCGACAUAGAGAAGGAGCGCGCUCUCGGCCCGGCGACCAAGGCCUACCUCCAUGCUGGCAGCUGCUGCUCUCCCAGGCCCAAAAUUGAAAUGCCCAACGGGCAAGUCAAAGAUGCUGCAGCAAAGGAUGCUUCUCCAGCCAUUCAGCCGUCACCGCCGCUGCCCCUGCUGCCGCCGCCACCACCGCCGCCCAAGAGGAAGCGCAAGACGCCCUAUGACUCCGAGGACGAUGCGCCCAAAGGGUCCCGCCGCAUGAGGGAUCUCAGGGACAUCGGAUCCAAGACGGUCCCCCCAAUGGACUUGCCCGAUUCUGCCGCAAUCUCUGCUCCCAAGUAUGAUGAUCUGCCUAAUGAUGGACAGGUCAAAAGAAUUGUGCACUCUCAGGCCACCACAAAGAGGAAGCAUGCUGCUGCGCAUCAGGACCAACCUUGCGGGAUCCCCAGGAAGAAGGACAGGUCUCGCCCGCUCGCGGAGCUCUGCAAUGGAGACAUGUGGAAUGGUUCCAGACCAAAUGGCCAGAAGGCCGAUGAACAUUUGUUAGACGUCGCUACAUGUUCAAGCAUCUCCUCUGGCACUUCAACCCUGGAUACUCCACUGGACAUGAACAGCUGUCAUCGCAGCGCAGCAUUCAAAACAGAUCGAGCAAAGGGCACAGAAAUAUCCUGCAUGACAAGGCUACUCAGUGAUGAUUCCCGGCAUGGGAAUGAUUUUGUCGAAACUCCCCCUGCUGCACAAAAUAUCGUGGAACCAGAUCAUUUGCAUAGAUAUCAACCUUGUGGAUUGACAAAGAAUCCUACCUGGAAACCCCAUAAACAAGCUAAUGACGUCCGCAAAGCUGAGAAACGUGCACGCAAAAAUAUUAAGAUGAGAACCAUAAGUUCUGUUGAUCAGGAGGGCAAGAACAGGACAAGAGAUUCUAAUGAUCGUGACCACCACAAAACAAAGACAGGAAAGCACAAAGCAGCAAGAGAUGAGGUUGUCCUUUUGGAGAAAAGGCUGAACAAGCCCGCUGAACAUGAUGCUAAAAUGCAUAUUGCCGUAGUUCCUUGUGGCAUGGAUUGUGUUGGUGGAGUUCAGCAGCGACGCUGUAAAAGCAAGUGUGAUCCUGAAGAGUCAUUAGAAACCUUAAGCAACCAUUCAAACUGUGAGAGUGGUUCCAUAUCAUCUCUGGUGUUUGAGAAGCCACUGCAGGUAUUGCCGCCCGAAAAGAAACCGCUGGGUCAUGAAAGAUGUCAUGCAGUGAAGCCAAUCAAGACACUGCAUUUGAAUCCCACCCUUUAUGAUGUGGAGUUGAGUGUGCUGGGGAGCAGCAACUCAGGGCGCCGUGUGCCCCUUGUUUCUCUAAUGAGUAGGUGGAAUCGUAAACCCGUCGUGGGGUAUCCAGUCUCCGUGGAGGUCAGUGAUGAUGUGUUUGACCGUCCUCUAUCAAGGAAAGAUGUCCAGCGGCCUGCUACAAGCAGUGUGAAUGGAAUAGUAUUGAAGAAGGAUGAAACUGAGGGUUUGCAACGUGUUGUGCCAUCAUCAACACAGACAUCCCGGCCAAAACCCAAAAGCCACAGCAGAAGGCCAUCUGAGAAAGAAGUGGACAAGUUAUGGCAGCCGCAUACCAAAAAGCCAGCGUCCUCGUCGAGAAAGAUGCGGAGGCUUUCGUCUUUUGCAUCAGGCCAGAGAGACGGCGAUGACAGGAAGUCGGCGGUGGGGAAAGUGGCAGGCGGAACUAUCGCGUGCAUCCCGCUCCGAGUUGUUUUCAGCAGGAUCAACGAGGCGCUGAGCUUCUCAGUUAAUGAGAAUGCCCUAUCUGGGUGCGGGGCUGCUUCCCGGCUGAGGAGGAGGUGA